AUGACAUACGUCAGCAACGUUCCUUACUCCUCCUUCACUUACUUUAUCAGUACUUUGCCUCCCGACGAAUCACCAGAUGUGUUCGACAGUUUAUUCAAGACCCUUGUGCUGUUGGGCGUGAGUGCCUGCUUGGCCUACCCCGGCGAGACGGAAGUCGAGGCCCGUGGCGCGCUCCUCGGCGGUGGCAUCGGUGGCGGCCCCGGCUACGUCGGAGGUGUGGGACCUGGCGUCGGCUACGGCGGGGGCUACGGUGGCGGCGUGGGCGGCUUCGGAGCCGGCUACGGACACCAGGCCGGCGCGUCUCAGGGUGGCUUCCAGGCCGGCGCUGCUGGACACAAGCAGGGCAGCGGUGGCUUUGCGUCCGGCAACGAGCACAAGAACGUGCAGGGCUACAGCAACUCGGCGGGGCACCGCAACAGCCAGGGGUUCUCUUCGUCCAGCAACAACCAGUACGGAACCGGCUACAACCAGGGUUCCAAGGGCUUCAACACCGGUGCCGCUGGAUCUCAGGGCUCCUUCGGUUCUCAGGGUUUCGGCACUCAGGGUUUCGGCGUCGGUCACGGCGUUGGCUACUAAACGAACGGAAAGGGGCGGGCCACCACUUGAAAGCAAGCCAUGAAUCUAAGGAAGCGAUGAAAGGCCGCGUUGGAGUUGUUUCUGAAGAAGAAAACUGGGAAGUGUACAUACGCACAUUAAUAAAUAUUGUUACAAAAAAGAA